AUGGAGUCGGGCUGCAUUCACACAGCAAUGGCUAUGGGUCUGUCAUCGAAAAAGGCGUCUGCUCGGAGCGUCGGUGUGGAGCGGAAAAACCUCAUCACGGUCUGCAGAUUCUCUGUGAAGACUCUCCUAGAAAAGUACACAGCAGAGCCCAUAGAUGACUCAUCCGAGGAGUUUAUUAACUUUGCCGCCAUUUUAGAGCACAUCCUCAGCCACCGCUUCAAAGGUAACAAUGCAGGUUCAGGAAGCUGGUUCAGCUCGGAUGGACAGCGCAGCUUCUGGGAAUAUAUCCGGCUGGCGUGCAGCAAAGUGCAGAACAACUGCAUCGCCAGCAUCGAAAACAUAGAGAACAUCAGCACAUCCCGAGCAAAGGGGCGCGCAUGGAUUCGAGUGGCGCUGAUGGAGAAACGUCUGUCUGAAUAUGUGUCCACUGCUCUGAGGGACACAAGAACUACCAGGAGGUUCUAUGAUGAUGGGGCCAUUAUGCUGAGAGAAGAGGCCCAGGUCCUGACUGGCAUGCUGAUUGGACUGAGUGCCAUUGACUUCAGUUUUUGCUUGAAGGGGGAGACUCUGGAUGGGAAAUCCUCAGCUGUGAUCGACUUCACACCGUACCUGAAGUUCACUCAGAGCUACGACUACCUGAGCGAUGAGGAGGACCGUCGCAGCAUUGACAGCAGUAACAGCGAGGAGAGUGUCCCCGAGCACCCCUACAUCCCUCUGGUGACCGACGAGGAGAGCUGGAGCAACAAGUGUCGCAAGAUGGAGCAGAGGUUUAAGAUCGUCUAUGCCCAGAAGGGUUAUCUGGAGGAGCUGGUGCGCCUGCGGGAGUCGCAGCUGAAGAACGUGGAGACGGAGAAUAAGCGUCUGAGAGCAAAGAUGGAGGAGCAGACGGUCCAGAGCCUACAGGAGAAGAAGGAGCUGGAGGCUGUCGUGCUCGAGCUGCAGGCACAACUCUCUGCCCUCAUGCCCUGUGAUUCCUCCCAUCUGGCUAAAGAUCUUUCCAUCCCGCUGGUCAACCAGUGGUCCGCCAUCGCAAACAACCAGGGCAAUGUCAAGCUUUUCCGCAGGAGGAGUUUCCACAGUUUGGAGCAACUUUCUGCUGAACUCAGUCUGAACUCUGACUCCCAGAGGACUGAUGGGAGACAGAACGGAGAAUCUGUUUGGACUUCAGCAGGAAAAGACGAUACUCCCUCCAUGCUGGGUCUGUGUGGCUCUCUGGCCUCUCUACCGAGCUCCAAGUCCCUGGCCAGCCUCAAGUCCAGUGAGUGUUUGGUCAACAUCAGCACUGAACCCAGCCCUGCGCUCACUCCCAGCUAGGAGCUUACAGACCAACAACAGAGAUUUAACCCCCAGCCCGUCUGCCUGGUGAUGCUGCGUUGACCAUAAACCCGACCAAAACCCUGAUCCCACAAUCCACCAAGACCAUGCACAGUUCCAUUAGAAGGGGGAAGUCAAUUACACUAUCUCUGGAUAUUUGUUCACAUGAGAGUGAAGUCAUCACAAAGCUGGAAGGAUCCAUCACCUUUUGGUUUUUUCCCUUCUCCUCGCCUUAUCUGCUCAACUCUCCCACAACCACUCUGUACUAUCUGUGAAUUCCUUCAUCCAAGAUCAUGCAAUCCCUCUGCAAACUCCUGUUAGAACUUUUUCCAAAGCAUCCAUAUAUUUCCUUAAACAGUUAUCCAAUCUUGCUUCUUAUUUGAUAAUCGGCAUUCUUCCCCAUGGCGUCGUCUGUGUGUCUGUGCGCCUGUUUUAUUUGAUUUUCUUGUCAAAAAAGUGACCAAAACAGCACUUGCAGCUCCUUGGAUGCAGCCUUUUGCAACGAGAGAUGUGAUGAUCAUUUUAAGAGAUACAGAUUAUCCACAUAAGGUAGAGGAUGGGUUUUUACAGACUGUCUCCACAGUGACAUAGCACUGAGAAGUAUGUUUUAUGGGUGUGACUGAUCUGGGAUCAUUCCUGCUUGAGUAAUCAAACACUGUUUAAAUCUGUGCAGCUAUUUAUUGAAUCGAUCAAAUCCUAAGCUACCGCAUAUGUUCACUUAUCUUAUUUUAUCCAA